AUGGCUCGUGCUAAUCUUACUAAAGAAGAAGUUCUUGCAAAAACAAUUUUGGGAGAAGCAAGAGGUGAGCUUCGUGAAGGAAAAGAAGCAGUUGGUCAUGUAAUCAACAAUCGAGCUCAAGCAAACAAGGAAUAUUGGGGUGGAAGCGACAUCAAAGAUGUCUGUUUACAUCGGAAUCAAUUCGAAUGUUGGAAUAACAAACAUGACAUUGGCAUUGGCAUUAACGAGCAAAGUGCAUACAAAGAAUGUUACGAGGUGGCUAAAGAAAUUUUAAACGGUUCUAGUAGAGAUCCAACACGUGGAGCUGAUCAUUAUCAUAAUCCGAAGAAAGAACCUAAUCCAUCAUGGGUUGCAAAUUGCACUUUGUUGGGAGAUAUUGAAAAUCAUCGUUUUUACAAAAGUCGUCAAUAA